CGCCUGCGUAGAUCUCUUCAAAGCAGAAGGUCGCGCUUGGAGGAAGUGGCGGCUUUGGGUCCCGUGGCCGUAGCGCCGUUAGUUCUUUUCUGUAGCUCCACUCGGCCGCUUGCCGAGCCACCCUGCCGCCAAGAUGCCUCGAAUUAUGAUCAAGGGGGGCGUGUGGAGGAAUACUGAGGAUGAAAUCCUGAAGGCAGCGGUAAUGAAAUAUGGGAAAAACCAGUGGUCUAGGAUUGCCUCACUGCUGCAUAGAAAAUCAGCAAAGCAGUGUAAAGCCAGAUGGUAUGAGUGGCUGGAUCCAAGUAUUAAGAAAACAGAAUGGUCCAGAGAAGAAGAGGAAAAACUCUUGCACUUGGCCAAGUUGAUGCCAACUCAGUGGAGGACCAUUGCUCCAAUCAUUGGAAGAACAGCUGCCCAGUGUUUGGAACACUAUGAAUUUCUUCUGGAUAAAGCUGCCCAAAGAGACAAUGAAGAGGAAACAACGGAUGAUCCACGAAAACUUAAACCUGGAGAAAUAGAUCCAAAUCCAGAAACAAAACCAGCACGGCCUGAUCCAAUUGAUAUGGAUGAGGAUGAACUUGAGAUGCUUUCUGAGGCUAGAGCCCGCCUGGCUAAUACUCAGGGAAAGAAAGCCAAGAGGAAAGCGAGAGAGAAACAGUUGGAAGAAGCAAGGCGUCUUGCUGCCCUUCAAAAGAGAAGAGAACUUCGAGCAGCUGGCAUAGAAAUUCAGAAGAAAAGAAAAAAGAAGAGAGGAGUUGAUUAUAAUGCUGAAAUUCCAUUUGAAAAAAAGCCUGCUCUUGGUUUCUAUGAUACUUCUGAGGAAAACUACCAGGCUCUUGAUGCAGAUUUCAGAAAGUUAAGACAACAGGAUCUUGAUGGGGAGCUAAGAUCUGAAAAAGAAGGAAGAGAUAGAAAAAAAGACAAGCAGCAUUUGAAAAGGAAGAAAGAAUCUGACUUACCAUCAGCUAUUCUUCAAACUAGUGGUGUUUCUGAAUUUACUAAAAAGAGGAGCAAACUAGUACUUCCUGCCCCUCAGAUUUCAGAUGCAGAACUCCAGGAAGUUGUAAAAGUAGGCCAAGCAAGUGAAAUUGCACGUCAGACUGCCGAGGAAUCUGGCAUAACAAACUCUGCUUCUAGUACCCUCUUGUCUGAAUACAAUGUCACCAACAACAGCAUCGCUCUGAGAACACCGCGGACGCCAGCUUCCCAGGACAGAAUUCUGCAGGAAGCCCAAAACCUAAUGGCCCUGACCAACGUGGACACCCCGUUGAAAGGCGGACUUAAUACUCCUUUGCACGAGAGCGACUUCUCAGGUGUGACUCCACAACGGCAGGUUGUACAGACUCCAAACACAGUUCUUUCUACCCCGUUCAGGACUCCUUCUCAUGGAUCUGAAGGGCUGACUCCACGAAGUGGGACAACUCCCAAACCAGUUGUUAACUCCACCCCGGGUAGAACUCCUCUUCGAGACAAGUUGAACAUUAAUCCUGAGGAUGGAAUGGCAGACUACAGUGAUCCCUCUUAUGUGAAGCAGAUGGAAAGAGAAUCUCGUGAACACCUCCGUUUAGGGUUGUUGGGCCUUCCUGCCCCUAAGAAUGACUUUGAAAUUGUUCUACCAGAAAAUGCUGAGAAGGAACUGGAAGACCGUGAAGUAGAUGAUACUUACAUUGAAGAUGCUGCUGAUGUGGAUGCACGAAAGCAGGCCAUGCGAGAUGCAGAGCGUGUAAAGGAAAUGAAACGAAUGCACAAAGCUGUCCAGAAAGAUCUGCCAAGACCAUCAGAAGUAAAUGAAACUAUUCUAAGACCCUUAAAUGUAGAACCACCUCUAACAGAUUUACAGAAAAGUGAAGAGCUAAUCAAAAAGGAAAUGAUCACAAUGCUUCAUUAUGACCUUCUCCAUCACCCUUAUGAACCAUCUGGAAAUAAAAAAGGAAAAACUGUAGGAUUUGGUACCAAUAAUGCAGAGCACAUUGCCUAUCUGGAACAUAACCCUUAUGAAAAGUUCUCCAAAGAAGAGUUGAAAAAGGCUCAGGACGUUCUGGUACAGGAGAUGGAAGUGGUAAAACAAGGUAUGAGCCAUGGAGAACUCUCAAGUGAAGCUUAUAACCAAGUGUGGGAAGAAUGCUACAGUCAAGUUUUGUAUCUUCCUGGGCAGAGCCGCUACACACGGGCCAACCUAGCUAGCAAGAAGGACAGAAUUGAGUCACUGGAAAAGAGGCUUGAGAUAAACAGAGGUCACAUGACAACAGAAGCCAAGAGAGCUGCAAAGAUGGAAAAGAAGAUGAAAAUUUUGCUUGGGGGUUACCAGUCUCGUGCAAUGGGGCUCAUGAAACAGUUGAAUGACUUAUGGGACCAAAUUGAGCAGGCUUACUUGGAGUUACGCACUUUUGAAGAACUCAAGAAACAUGAAGAUUCUGCUAUUCCCCGGAGGCUAGAGUGUCUAAAGGAAGAUGUUCAACGACAACAAGAAAGAGAAAAGGAACUUCAGCAUAGAUACGCUGAUUUGCUGCUGGAGAAAGAGACUUUAAAGGCCAAAUUCUGAAGGAUAGUUUAUAUUCCGUCACAAGAUGAAUUAAUUGCUGGUGUUCAUACCCUGCAAGGCUGAAACUGAUGUUUAUCUUUGACAAAUUUGCCCAUGAUAUGUGGUUUUUCAGUUGUUUAUUUUAAAUGAUAUUGAUCUUACACAUUUAUGAAUAAAGACUUUAACUCCACAAGACAUUUUAGGGUUAAAUUAUUAAGAUGAUCAUUCUUUUAGCAGUGUCAUAUUUGCAAUUUUUUUCCCCAGUUUUGGCCUUUAAUUUUAAAAGCCUGAUUUUAAAGUGCUGCCUGUGAGUAAACUCUUGAAUAAAAACAAAAUAUAAAAAAUUGAGAA